CCAAACUUGGAGAUAAACCACCAUGCAGACAAGUCCCUCGAUAGCUUCUGUAAGUGGCAGAAAUCCAUUCUCUCCCACCAAAGUGAUGGAAACACCAUUCCAGAAAAUGGGAUUGCCCACCAUGAUAACGCGGUUCUUAUUACUAGAUACGAUAUCUGCACUUACAAAAACAAGCCUUGUGGAACACUGGGCUUGGCCUCUGUGGCUGGAAUGUGUGAGCCUGAAAGGAGCUGCAGCAUUAAUGAAGACAUUGGCCUAGGUUCAGCUUUUACCAUUGCACAUGAGAUUGGUCACAAUUUCGGUAUGAAUCAUGAUGGAAUUGGAAAUUCCUGUGGGACCAAAGGUCAUGAAGCAGCAAAGCUAAUGGCAGCUCAUAUUACAGCAAACACCAACCCUUUCUCUUGGUCAGCCUGCAGUCGGGAUUACAUCACCAGUUUUUUAGAUUCAGGCCGUGGUACUUGCCUUGAUAAUGAGCCUCCCAAGCGUGACUUUCUUUAUCCAGCUGUGGCCCCAGGUCAGGUGUAUGAUGCUGAUGAACAGUGUCGCUUCCAGUAUGGAGCAACAUCCCGCCAAUGUAAAUAUGGGGAAGUGUGUAGAGAGCUCUGGUGCCUCAGCAAAAGUAACCGCUGUGUUACGAACAGCAUUCCAGCAGCUGAAGGUACUCUUUGCCAAACAGGGAGCAUCGAAAAGGGGUGGUGUUAUCAGGGAGAGUGCGUACCUUUUGGCACUUGGCCCCAGAGCAUAGAUGGGGACUGGGGUUCGUGGUCAAUAUGGGGAGAGUGCAGCAGGACCUGCGGGGGAGGAGUCUCCUCAUCUAUAAGACACUGUGACAGUCCAGCGCCUUCAGGUGGAGGCAAAUAUUGUCUUGGAGAAAGGAAGCGAUAUCGCUCCUGUAAUACUGAUCCAUGUCCUUCAGGGGCCCGUGAUUUUCGAGAAAAGCAAUGUGCAGAUUUUGACAAUAUGCCUUUCCGGGGAAAGUAUUAUAACUGGAAACCCUACACUGGAGGUGGGGUUAAACCAUGUGCAUUAAACUGCUUGGCUGAAGGUUAUAAUUUUUACACUGAACGUGCUCCUGCAGUAAUAGAUGGGACUCAGUGCAAUGCUGACUCACUAGAUAUCUGUAUCAAUGGAGAAUGCAAGCAUGUAGGUUGUGAUAAUAUUUUGGGAUCUGAUGCUAAGGAAGAUAGAUGCCGUGUUUGUGGAGGAGAUGGGAGUACAUGUGAAGCCGUUGAAGGUUUCUUCAAUGAUUCAUUGCCCAGAGGAGGCUAUAUGGAAGUGAUUCAAAUUCCAAGAGGUUCUGUGCACAUUGAAAUAAGAGAAGUGGCAAUGUCAAAGAACUACAUUGCUUUAAAAUCUGAAGAGGAUGACUACUAUAUUAAUGGUGCCUGGACUAUUGACUGGCCAAGAAAGUUUGAUGUUGCUGGAACAGCUUUCCAUUACAAGAGGCCAACAGAUGAACCAGAGUCUUUGGAAGCACUAGGCCCUACUUCAGAAAAUCUCAUAGUCAUGAUUCUGCUACAGGAACAAAAUUUGGGUAUAAGGUAUAAAUUCAGUGUUCCCAUCUCUCGCACUGGCAGUGGAGAUAAUGAAGUUGGCUUUGCAUGGAAUCAUCUGCCUUGGUCAGAAUGUUCUGCUACUUGUGCUGGAGGUGUGCAGAAACAAGAGUUGGUGUGUAAAAGGCUGGAUGACAACUCCAUUGUGCAAAACAAUUACUGUGACCCUGACAGUAAGCCUCCAGAAAACCAAAGAGCCUGCAAUACUGAGCCUUGCCCUCCUGAAUGGUUUAUAGGAGAUUGGUCAGAAUGCAGUAAGACCUGUGAUGGAGGAAUGCGUUCAAGAACAGUUCUCUGUAUCAGAAAGAUUGGGCCUUCUGAGGAGGAGACACUGGACAAUACCAACUGUUUAACACAUCGGCCUAUUGAAAAAGAGCCGUGUAACAAUCAGUCCUGUCCCCCACAGUGGGUUGCUUUGGACUGGUCAGAAUGCACACCAAAGUGUGGCCCAGGAUUCAAACACCGAAUUGUUCUGUGCAAAAGCAGCGAUCUUUUAAAAACUUUUCCAGCCGCACAAUGCCAAGAAGAAAGCAAGCCUCCGGUCCGCAUCCGCUGUAGUUUAGGCCGAUGUCCUCCUCCUCGCUGGGUUACUGGAGACUGGGGACAGUGUUCUGCACAGUGUGGUCUUGGGCAACAGAUGCGAACAAUACAAUGCCUCUCAUACACUGGACAAGCAUCCAGUGAGUGUCCAGAAACACUUAGACCUCCAUCAAUGCAGCAGUGUGAAAGUAAAUGUGACAGUACACCCAUUUCCAACACAGAAGAGUGCAAAGAUGUGAACAAAGUGGCAUAUUGCCCACUGGUGUUGAAGUUCAAGUUCUGCAGUCGAGCAUACUUCAGACAGAUGUGCUGCAAGACCUGCCAAGGACAUUGACCCACAGAAAGCACAAGAAUGUGCCUUGUUAUUAUCGUUGUGGAAGAGUGUCCAUUGAAGAGAGCCACACAGCGCAAUGAGAUUGACGUCCUUGCAAAUGCAUUACCCUGUGGAAAACAUAACCACUGGUCAGCCCCAGCUGACAGGAUUUCAAUAUUAUUUUAACUUCUGUGAAGUGGGAUUUAUUCAUCCAAAGUGCUGGACACAGUAUAAGGAGGGCAUGCCAAAUUGGAAAGAUCCACACAGCACAUACAGAAUAGCUUACUGUGGAACAUUUGUGUUCCUUUGACUCAUUCCAAUAGUCUGUUUACCUCCUUGGACCAUUAAAAUAAUUUUUAUUAUGGACUUAGCAAUGACACUGAAUCCAUUUGUAUUUAAAACUUUUUAAAAUGUAGCUGUUAUGACUUGGUCUACUAUGGAAGUAAAGAAGAAUCAAAAAAUGUUAAGUCAUAGCUUAAAAAUGUUAACUAUUUUAUCUCACGACACAGCACCACAAUUUAAAUUAUAAAAUGAGCUUGGAAAUGUUAUUUAAGGAGCAGAAAU